CACUCGAUUGGUUUCACCAACUUCCCCCCGGGUCGAUUGCGGAUUUUGAGGAUUUUUCCAGCAAUCUUACCAAUCAAUAUUCGAGCGCGGUGGCGCAGGAGAAGACGUAUUUGACUCUGAUGGCGAUGAGGCAAGGGGAGAAGGAGUCGUUGAGAAAGUACGUUGCUCGAUAUAAUCAGACGUGUUUAGAGGUGCACUCGGCUUCAGACGAGGUGAAGGCAGGAGGAUUGAUAAGGAUUCUUCGAGCGGGGCCUUGUCGAACUUCUUUGGCGAAGACCCCUGCUCGAUCAUAUGAGGAUGUUCUGAAGCGGUGCAGGAAGUAUAUUAAUUUGGAGGAGAUGGAGAUGGAGUUUGCAAAGCUGGAAGGAGUGGCUCGACCAGAGCCAAAAAAGGAGAAAAGCCCGCAAAGAGAGAGAUCGCCGAGGAGAAAUUUUCCCAAACGGAGUGGGCAGAAGAGGGCAUCACCCCGAAGAGAGAGUCGAGACUCAAAAAGGGAGAAGAGAGAUGAGUGGCAGAGGAGGCCGAUGUUGUUCGAGAGACAGAGAUACCACACUUUUACGCCCUUGAGGAAAGACAUGACACAGGUCCUCGAGGCCAUGGAACAGAAGAUGCCGAGCGAGGAUGUGACUUGGCCGAAGACGAGGUUUACAGGCCCAAUUCGGCCUAGGUCGGAUAUUUACUGUCGCUUUCACCGUGAUUAUGGUCACACCACGGAGAACUGUAGACAUUUGAAAGAUGAGAUCGAGAGGUUGAUUCGAGCGGGAUAUUUGACAGAAUUUGUGUAUCACGAUAGGGUGAAAGGGAAAGGAAGGAGAAGGUGUAGGGAGGACUCUGAGGAAAGGAGCGAUAGAGAUAAGGAGGGAGACGGCGGAGAUGGUCGAGGAAAGAAGCCAAGGAGAGAUGGCGAUAAGGGAGGGCAUGGAGGAGAAGCCCCGAUGAAGAGAAGAACAAUUUACAUGAUUUCCGGUGAGCCAACGGAUGGUGACUCGAAUAGGGCCAAGAAGGAGCACGCUCGAGCUGUGAAGAGGAAGAGAGCGGAGGUGGGGAUUACGGCUCGCAUGUCGGUGAUAAGUUUUAAGGCGGAGGAUGCCGAGGGAGUGGUCCUGCCGUACAACGAUGCUUUGGUAAUAACCGCGGAGCCGGGGGGAGAAGUGGAGGAGAUUCAAAUGAUCGAGGGGUGUGAAGAGAGGAAGUUCAAAAUCAGGAAAGGCUUGGAGGAGCCUAUUCGGUCAAGGCUUAUUGAUCUGGUAAGGGAGUUCGCUGACAUUUUUUCCUAUACAACGGAAGAGUUGACGGGGAUAAGUGCGGAAGUGAUCGAGCACCGGCUGAACAUCGACCUUAGUGUGAGGCCGGUGAAACAAAAAAGAAGACAGCAUGGGGCGGAGAUGGACAAAAUCAUUGAGAAGGAGGUCGAGAAGCUAUUGGGAGCAGGGUAUAUCAAGGAAAUCCAGUUCCUCGAAUGGUUGUCAAAUACGGUGAUGGUGUCGAAGUCGGAGGGGAAAUGGAGGAUGUGCAUUGAUUUCCGUGAUCUGAACAAAGUGUGCCCAAAAGAUCUAUAUCCGCUGCCUAGAAUCGACCAGCAGGUCGACUCAACGGCAGGGUGCGAAUUACUGAGCCUGAUGGAUGCCUCCCAAGGAUAUCAUCAAAUUCCCUUGGCGAGAGAAGACGGGAAGCGGGUGAGUUUUGUAACAAAUCGAGGGACCUAUUGUUACGUGGUCAUGCCGUUCGGUCUAAAGAAUGUGGGUGCCACAUAUCAAAGGUUGGUCGAUAAAAUUUUUAAGGAGCAGCUGGGAAGGAACAUGGAGGUAUAUGUGGACGAUAUGUUGGUGAAAAGCAAGGAGGAGUUGGAUCAUGUGCGAGACUUGAGAGAAACAUUCCUAACGUUGCGGAGGUAUGGGAUGAAAUUGAAUCCUGCUAAGUGCUCUUUCAGGGUGAGAUCGGGGAUGUUCUUGGGUUACUUGGUGACCAAGAGAGGUAUUGAAGUGAAUCCUGAGAAGGUUCGAGCUGUAAUUGAGAUGAAGCCGCCGACGAAUGUUGAAGAAGUGCAGAUCUUAGCUGGUCGAAUUGCAGGGCUGAGCCGUUUCAUAUCGAAGGUGGCGGAGAAGAGUGGGCCAUUAUUUAAAACAUUGAAGAAGAGUGCAAAAUUCCAAUGGAUAGAGGAGGCGCAGGGGGGCUUCGAGGAGUUCCGAGGGGU